AUGCUCAAUCCGGCUUUGCUACCCCCGAUACUGCGCACCCUGCGCACCUCCAUCUUCCCCAAUUUCGCCCCGGGUCCCGCGCGCAUCCCGCCCACGCCGGACGAGGCGCUGGCCACCAAGCGCCGCGCGGCUAGAGCGGUGCUGGACGCCACGCCGAGCUUCGUCAGGUCGAGACUGUUUGGAAGCGGCAGCGGCAGCCGCGGCCUCGGCGGUUCCGACGGCGGCGUGCGGGGAGAUGACGACGAGGAAGGAGAGGAAGAGGAAGGAGUGGAUCCGGUGCAGCAGAGAGAGGUGGAGCGGCUGUUGGACGUGCUGGGCGAUCCGUAUCUGAACAAGCAUCUCAUCUUUGGGAUCAUCGAAUUGAUCGUUGUACGGCUGAUGCCGGAGAUGGGCGAGCUAGGGGUGGAUGAAUUGAUGGACGAGAGGUCGGCCUAG